AUGGCUCCAUCAAGUAGGCCCAUAAGAAUAGCUGGCUGCUCCGGCUCAGCUAGCGACCGCCGCCAUGCCAUGGCGAUGCUCGCCGCCAACUGUGCCCACGACCCCAUCGACGUGAUCAUCGGGGAUUGGAUGUCAGAAGGGAACAUGACAGGGCGCGCGGCUCUGAAAGCCGAUGCCAUGCCCGCGUACGAGCCCACAUUCCUGGAGUCCCUAGAACCAGCACUCCUAGACAUAGCCAAGCACAAGAUCAAAGUCGCCGUCAAUGCUGGUGCUUCAGACACGCAGCUCCUCCACUCUGUCGUCAUGGAGAUGGUGAAGUCUAGGAAUCUGGACUUGAAAGUUGCGUGGAUUUCUGGCGAUGAAGUUCUUCCCGCCGUUCUUGACGCGAAAAGACGGAAAGAAUCUCUAUUCGAGAAUAUCUGCACUGGCGAGGUGCUAGAGGAAUGGAGCUUCGAACCGCUGUACGCCCAAGCAUACCUCGGCGGCCUAGGCAUCGCCGCCGCCUUUGCUAGAGGCGCUGAUAUUGUAAUCUGCGGGCGUGUCUCGGAUGCCUCGCCUGUGAUAGGAGCGGCGUAUUGGUGGCACGGUUGGCAGAGAUCUGAUCUUGAGUUUCUCGCCAACGCAUUUGUGGCUGGACAUCUGAUAGAGUGCUCGAGCUACGUCUGCGGUGGCAAUUUCACAGGGUUCAAGGCCCUAGAAAGCAAAGGAUGGGACGAUAUCGGGUAUCCCAUAGCCGAGAUAUCAGCAUCGGGAGCCGUGUUUUGA